AUGACAACGCCGCAGAUGAGCCACGUUCGGUCCGUUCGGUCCGAGACCUCUGCGAUCUCCAAGAUGUCGACCCGCUCCACUCGCAGCACCGGCACACCGCGCUCGCCGGUGCAGCCGAAGAAGCUGCCGCGGCCCGCGUCCUUUGCCACGAAGCCCAGUCUUCGAAGCAGUGAACAGCUGGAGGCUGAUGCUGCAGUUGAACGUAAGACUCGGUUGGAGACCUUCAUGCGACGCAAUCGGCUGAAGGACGUGAAUGAGCCACAAAUGCCAGAAGGGUGUUUUCUUUUUCGCUGCUUGGUGAAAAGUGCUGGGGCCGCAUGGGCGCGGACCAUCCCGUCCGGCUGUGCCCACUGGGAUCUGGACUGCGAGGAGGAGGCGGCGGGUGAGGAGGCGGAGGAGGCAGAGGAGGCGGAGGAGGAGGAGGAGGAGGCGGCGGGUGAGGAGGCGGAGGAGGAGGAGAACAGGUUCCGUCGCGAAACCUUCUACCCACUGCACUAUGCUGUGCUGGAGAACGAUGCAGAGAUGGUGAACAUGUUGCUGAUUGCUGGCAGCGACCCGCGUCAGAAGAGCUCCAAGGGCCGGCGCCCAGAGGAUUUGGCACGAGACCUUGCCGCCGACGGCAACUGCGAGACAUUGGACAACUUGGACAAGAUCAUUCAAACCUUGCAGAUGGCGGGCAACUGCGAGACAUUGGACAACUUGGACAAGAUCAUUCGUCCUUUCAGAUGGCGGAUUUUUCGCCACUCGGAGAAGCCCAGGGUAAGAACCAAAUUUCUUCGAGUGAUCCAAACCCUGACACACUAUUCUGACAUAGUUUCUGAAAUACCAUCUGGAAGUAUGGCAUAUAUGUCUUGA